AUGUCAACAACAACAAUAAGAUGGUCAAACACAUUAGUCAAGGAUUGGACAAACCAAUUGGCUAAUGAUUGGGUAAAUGUCACUCUCAGACGUAAUCCAAAUGACAUUUACCUCAAAAAAGACAUAUCAGGUGAAGAUCUUUACUUUGCGAGGGUUCACUCUUUGAAAGUUGAUUUGAUGAUCUGUUCUGCGUGUCCAAAGGUGUAG